CCCCCAGGCCCCACGAAAUGCAUGCAACUCAACGAAAUGGAGCAGGGAACACCUUGAGAAACACCGACACGUCUUCUCUAUUCGUCCAUCGACUGGGGCUUGUCCUCCUCCUGCUGCUGCUGUGGCGCUUCCAGUCCAUCCUCGCACUCAUCUCUUUCCUUCUCCCAUUGGAAGAACCGGAGAAAGUCAGCCAACGAUAUGGUGCACUUCAUACCCACCAGGCUCUGCUUCUUCAACCGCUUUGUUCGUGUGGGUUCUCUCAGAUAAUGCAGCUCAAUGCCAUCUUUGUCCAACCGCGUCACCUUGACAGUGUGCUCACGAGUGAGCUCCUUGACGUGACGGAUCCUCACAGUGGAAUACAAUGCGGGAAGCAGCGAAUCGUCCCGAAGGUCAGAGCCACUCUCACGAUUCUCAUAGUCUUGCACGAGCUCUCUGCAACUCAGGCUGCUUUCGUCUUCCCAGGUGGCAUGUGAUAAGGGAUACCACCGCCACUUGAGCUUGUAUUGCACCUUGCCUCUGUGCGUCCUCUUGCCGACAAUCGCUUCCACUUCAUGCACAACACCCUUUUCGAAGCGUGGGUCUGGCUGAAUGUCUCCCAGGCAUAAGUCAUCCUCGCCUAGACCAGCAGCUCCUUCACGUCUCCCUUCGCUGUCCCUCUUUGCGGCUGGCACACGGUCUUGCCCGACAGCAAAGUCCUUCAAGAGAUCAUCUUGGUCAGGGGUCAAGAAUGCGUCCUGAUUGAAAACUGUCUGCCUUCUAUCCCUUCGCAACAAGCCGCUGGAGACCUCAACAGCUCUCUCAUCGUCUAUGUGCUGCUCCGACGACGAUGUCGCAGCCUUCAGCCGAUCAACGUUCAGAUUCUUGGCCUUCGCCGCACAUACGCACCUUGUAUGUGACGGGCCCUGUCUUGCUCUCAACAAUUUCAACCGUCCGCCAAGGUGAGAUGAGCUUCUUCGUAAGGCCCUUUGGCACCUGAUCAUUGAAAAUUCGCACUCUGUCUCCCGAUUUGAAUUCCCUUGGUGCAGGCAGGUCGCUCUCACGAGCAGCCACUUGUUGUUUCGCUCUAUCCAUGUUCUUGCGAGCCUCCUUAUGGAUGGCUUGGAUGCCUUCGACUAUCAGCUUGACGGCAUCAUCGGGAUCGAUUGUCUUUGCCGCCGUCUCAUUCAUUGCGACGAGCCGUGCGGUGCUGCCAGGGUGGACUGCCUCGCGCCCGGUCAGCAUCUUGAAUGGCGUAAAGCCAGUCGACUCAUGCUCCGUCGUACGGUACGCAUACAGGAAAAGAGGGAUGACCCUGUCCCAGUUGGUCUGUUUCUUGUUCAGAUACGGGCGGAUUCUGUCUUUCAGAGUGCGAUUGAAGCGCUCAAUCAUGCCAUUGCCCUGUGGAUGCAUCGGCGUUAUCGUUGUGUGUUUGAUUCUCAGCCUCGUUGUCACUUCGCGCAUCAGCUGAUUGACGAAAUGGCUUCCAUUGUCGGUGAGAAUCUCCUCCGGCAGACCAUGUCUCACAACGACUGCCUCCAU